CAGCCGCCACCGCCGCCGAGGUUCGGUUAAAAGGCCGGCGCCCCGCACUUUGGCCGUCGUAAGCACCAUGGACAGCGACCGUCUGCCCCGCUUGGACGUUGCAAGCUUCCGGCGCCUCUGGCAGCGCUUCGACGCUGACGACAACGGUUACAUAGAAGGAGAAGAGCUUGAUAACUUUUUCUACCAUCUGCUUGAGAUCUUGGGCAGUGAAAGCACCAUUACAGAGGAAAAGGUUCAGAGGGUGAAAAAACAAUUUAUGUCAACCUACGAUGUGACUAAUGACGGACGCUUACACAUACAAGAGCUUGCAAAUAUGAUUCUGACUGAGGAAGACAACUUUCUGCUACUUUUCCAAAGAGAAACUCCUUUGAAUAACAGUGUGGAGUUCAUGCGGAUUUGGCGUCAUUAUGAUGCUGACAGCAGUGGCUUUAUUUCAGCCAGUGAACUCAGCGGUUUUCUGCAAGAUCUGUUUCGGCAACAUGGAAAAAACGUUUCUAGGGCAAAACUGCAGGAGUAUACUGAUAACAUGAUGAAGCUCUUUGACAAAAAUAAAGAUGGGCGGCUGGAUCUGAAUGACCUUGCAAGGAUUCUAGCUCUUCAGGAAAAUUUUCUCCUUCAAUUUAAACUGGAUGCUUCCAGUGCAGAAGAAAGGAAAAGAGAUUUUGAGAAAAUCUUUGCACACUAUGAUGUUAGUAAGACAGGAGCCCUUGAAGGUCCAGAAGUUGAUGGGUUUGUAAAAGAUAUGAUGGAACUUGUCAAGCCCAGCAUUAGCGGUACAGAUUUGGAUAAAUUCCGCCAGGUCCUGCUUCACCACUGUGAUGUGAACAAGGAUGGAAAAAUUCAAAAAUCCGAACUUGCCUUAUGUCUGGGAAUUAAAAAUACCCCAUAGGCAUUAAUAUGCUUUUCCUAUGAUUUGUCAGGAUUUUUCCUUCUGUGAAAACUUGUGAAAACAUUUGUGAAACCAUUUUCAGUGCUACCUAAUAAUCUGCUAUAUUAAACCUAGAAGAGAGGUUCAUAAACGUUAUGGAUAGUCAGUUUGCAAGUAUGUAUUCAGAUAGAAAAUGUGAUGAGUAGCAACUGGUUCUGUGUUGUUUAAAGGAGAUACUAUCUCUAACAGUCUUAUACAUCUUUAAGCAUGUCCAUAUCUACAAACCAACUGAUUGAUUAGAAAGCUUUGGGACUGCUGUUCCAAGAUUCUGCUAUGAAACAUUUUGUUUUGCUUUAAUAUUUCAUUCCUUGGGCUGUAUCCUUCAUCUAGUGUCCCUUGGUUUUUGCCCAGUUCUUCCUACUUCCAACAGUAUGGCCUUUGAAACUCACUCUGUUCUUUUGUAAGAAACAGAAGUAUUAUAGAACCGCAGCAUAUUUGCAGAAAAAUAAAGCACAACAGUUGAGAACACAA